CCCGUCUGAACCUAACUCGGUUACGCCCCUCUCAUUCUCCCUGGUCCAUUACACUGUCCUUCCCGACGCCUCUUCCUCUCAGACCAGCAUAGCCUAAUUGUUCGCGACGUGGAAAGAUGACCACUCUUGAUCUUGAUCCUGUCCCAUACAACAUCUCGCUCACAGACCAGUCUGCCAUUGUCCGCUUCUUUCCUCACAGAGACGGGACCAUCGACGGCAGCUGGAAUGUAACGUACUCUGGGAGCUCCUUCGCCGACUGGUCCUACGAUCACACGUUGGGAGCUGGGACAAGUUCCCAUAGAACGACAUUAGCGGGUGCAUAUGUCGUUAUCGAUUGGGCUGGCACAGCUGUAUGGCUGUAUGGAACGGCGGCGGCGGAUUCGUAUAAUGUGCGAAUAGACCAAAGCUCCGUCGUACAAGGCGGAGGGGCCGAUAUCGAUGGACUGCUGUUCAGCGAGACUGGUCUGGCAUAUGGCUUGCACACCGUCAACCUCACUGUCACCGCAGGAGAAGUGUCGAUCAUAGGGGCAACCAUUACAGUUGGCAUGGGAGAAUCAGGGACCGUCCUUCAGCCUCGAAACAUAUCUGCCACAGAGAACAGCACGCCCGCCAUGACCGAGAAUCCAUUUUUUGUCGGCGACCAGAGCUGGUCAGUAAUGGACCUUUACACCAAUCAGACCUCUGGCUACCCGUCCUUGGUCACGAGCACUUUCAGUUCGACGCUCUCAUUCACGCUCAGCGAAGCCGUAGGCUUCUUCAUCUAUGGGAGCGACGACUGGGUGCAAGGCCUGUUCACGGUGGCCGUCACCAGCGACGAUGAGGGGGCGACCAAUUCCGUGACAGACAAUACGAUCCAGUACAGCCCGAGGGCGUUGUGGACGCAGCUCGAUCUUCCGAAGUAUAUGGCGACGGGUCUGAACCGGUCAGCUACGUACCAAGUGGAGAUCACAAAUCUUGGGGCACAGUUCCACUUUGCGUCUGUGGUCGCAUACGAUGCCGUGCCUAGCGCGUCUGCUAGUCCCUCUGCUGUCGGCGGAAGCGGGUCAUUGCCUUCACAGACGUUUGGGGCGGGAACAACCAAUACAUCUGCGACGCCGUCGUCCUCCGCUCAAGCUAUUGCAAGUAUCUCACAUACCAAAUCCCCAACCUGGGCUAUCAUUACGGGAGCCGUGCUCGGAUGUGUUGUUGCAGCUUUGCUUAUUUUGGCUAUCGUUAUUUGGUUCAGGAGAGUUCUCCGUCGCCGCCACCAGCGAAAGGAGGAGGUGCUCACGACUCCAAAUCCAUUCGGUGACGGCAUUGUCCAGAGUGCUCCGGCGUCAUCCACAAUUCCAGCGCUUACUACCGCUGCUCGGGGACCGAGGAAGUUUGCAUCGGACGGUCCACGGGCAUGGGGACCAAGUACAACUGUCCCCGUAAGCAACACAUCACGCAUGGGCGAAACACAAACAACUACUCUGGUGUUGAGACCGAGGGACUCCAAUCUGUAUGAGACGAUCGGGUCGCAGAUACACGAGCGGGACGCAGGGCCUGCGACACAACCACCUCUGUACGAUCCUUCAUGGGCAAUAUAGGAUUCUCAUGGCAGGCAGAUGGAACAUUUGACUGAGCAUGCAUAGUGUGGCGAUCUCAUUGCGUCUCCGUCAUUCUGGCUUGAUACAUAGCACGGCUUCAGCGCGAAUGUAACCUAC